AUGGGUUAUGUUGAAAAAGGCAAGAAGAUCUUUACUCAGAAAUGUCCUCAGUGCCACACAGUUGAAAAAGUUGGAAAGCACAAGACAGGACAAAAUCUUUGGUGUUCUUUUGGCCACAGAACAGGACAAGCUGCAGGAUUUUCUUACUCAGAUGCAAACAAGAACAAAGGAGUUGUCUGGAGCGAGAAUUCACUGACGGAGUAUUUGGAAAACCCUAAGAAAUACAUCCCUGGUACAAAAAUUAUUUUUGCUGGAAUUAAAAAGCAGAAUGAAAGCGCUGAUCUUACUGCAUACCUGAAAAAGGCAACUUCGUGA